AUGAACGCCGAGGAAAGCAAUUCCAAGGCCACCAUCUUGUUGAUGGGUUUGAGAAGGGGUGGUAAAUCGUCUAUUUGUAAAGUUGUUUUCCACAACAUGCAACCUUUGGAUACUUUGUACUUAGAAUCGACAUCAAAUCCAACGAUGGAGCAUUUUUCGACUCUUAUUGAUCUGGCAGUGAUGGAAUUGCCGGGUCAGCUGAACUACUUCGAACCUAACUACGACUCGGAACGUCUUUUCAAAAGCGUAGGUGCCCUUGUCUACGUUAUAGACUCGCAAGAUGAGUACAUGAAUGCCCUGACAAACUUCGCCAUUAUUGUGGAGUAUGCUUACAAAGUGAACCCGGACAUCAACAUCGAGGUGCUUAUACAUAAAGUUGAUGGCCUGAGUGAGGACUUUAAAGUAGAAACGCAGCGCGAUAUUAUGCAGCGUACGGGUGAAGAGCUCUUAGAGCUCGGUCUCGAUGGAGUCCAGGUUAGCUUUUAUCUGACAUCAAUCUUUGACCAUUCGAUAUACGAAGCCUUUUCACGCAUAGUACAAAAACUAAUACCUGAGUUGCCGUUUUUGGAAAACAUGCUGGACAACUUGGUUCAACAUUCGAAGAUCGAGAAAUGUUUUUUGUUUGACAUCAACUCCAAGAUAUAUGUGUCUACCGAUUCUUCUCCGGUAGAUAUUGUGACAUACGAGACGUGUGCGGAAUUCGUAGAUGUUACUAUCGAUUUGCACGAUUUGUACAAGAUCCAAAGUGACGCUGACGAGAUGGGGCCACAGCGGGAGGUAAAAAGUGUUUCUGCAUUGAACAAUGGGGUCGUAAUCUACCUACGUCAGAUGAUCAGGGGUUUGGCCCUAGUAGCGUUGAUCAGACCCGAUGACACCGACGUGGAAAGCUGUCUCACGGUUGUUGACUACAAUGUGGAUAUUUUCAAAAGGGGGCUGGAGCAAGUCUGGGCGCAUGCCCGAAUCAUGCCAGCAGAGGUUGAAGGUAACAAGACGUGA